CCUGAACGCACCGCCCCAUUACAGGAAGUAAAGAAGUGUAUGUUUUUUCAGGCGGUGGUUGCGAUCAAAGCUAGCUUCAUCAAGGUGCAUCCCGUUGCGGCUGAUGUGGAACUAACUUUACCAGACCUCCAAAUAUGAUUUCAUCAUCAAGGUUAUUCGCUAAAUAUGUUGAUUGGCAGUUUUUAAGUGUCACUGUUGGCUAGAAACACGGCGUCGCGGACGAAACACUAGCAAGAAACAACAGCAAGCUGAAUAGUAUGCUGGACGUGGGGAAGUGGCCAGUGUUUGCGCUCCUUCCUCCUGAGGAACUACGGCUUAUCCGGCAGGCUUGUGUCUUUGGCAGUGCUGCAAAUGAAGCCCUCUAUGUCACAGUUAAUGAUGAGGUCUUUGCUUUAGGCACCAACUGCAGUGGCUGUUUAGGGCUCGGAGACCUUCAAAGCACUAUUGAGCCGCGCAGGAUUGAUGUGUUGUGUGGAAAGAAGAUUGUGUCCCUAAGCUAUGGAACAGGACCGCAUGUGGUUAUCGCUACUGCAGACGGAGAAGUGUUCGCCUGGGGCCACAAUGGUUACAGCCAGCUGGGAAAUGGGACCACCAACCACGGCCUGACCCCCGCUCUGGUGUCCACCAACCUCCUCAGCAAGAGAGUGACAGAAGUGGCCUGUGGCUCCCACCACACUAUUGCUCUUACAACCGACGGGGAGGUGUAUGCGUGGGGUUACAACAACUCAGGCCAAGUAGGUUCAGGAUCCACUGCCAACCAGCCGACACCACGACGGGUCAGCAGCUGCCUGCAGAACAAAGUGGUUGUCAACAUCGCCUGCGGUCAGCUCUGCUCCAUGGCUGUACUGGACAACGGCGAGAUAUAUGGUUGGGGCUACAAUUGCAACGGACAGCUAGGUUUGGGCAACAAUGGAAAUCAGCAGACACCGUGCAGGAUCGCUGCCCUCCAAGGCGUCAACAUCGUCCAGGUUGCUUGUGGAUAUGCGCAUACACUGGCUCUGACGGAUGAGGGGUUUGUUUACGCUUGGGGAGCCAACUCAUAUGGGCAGUUGGGAACAGGCAAUAAGAGUAACCAGGCUCUCCCCACCCUAAUAAACACAGACAAGGAGAGGAUGGUGGAGGUUGCUGCAUGCCACACCAGCCACACGUCAGCUGCCAAGACGCAGAGCGGGCAGGUUCUGAUGUGGGGUCAGUGUCGAGGUCAGGCCGUGGCGAGCCCCCAUCUCACCCAUUUCAGCAGCACAGACGACGUGUUCGCCUGCUUCGCCACGCCAGCAGUCACGUGGCACCUCCUCUCCGUAGAUGGCGAUGACUACCUGACAGUUGCUCAGUCUUUAAAAAAGGAGUUUGACAGUCCAGAGAUUUCAGACCUGAAGUUCUUGGUUGAUGGGAAGUGCAUCCAUGUUCACAAAGCCCUGCUGAAAAUCAGGUGUGAGCAUUUCCGUGCACUGCUGAAUGAAACGGACGAGGAUGCCAUAGAAAUCCACCAGUUCUCAUACCUGGUGUACAGAGCCUUCUUGGAGUAUCUCUACACAGACACUAUUAACCUGCCACCAGAGGAUGCUAUUGGGCUGCUAGACUUGGCGACGUUCUACCGAGAGACAAGGCUGAAGAGGCUGUGCCAGGAAACGAUCAAGAGGGGCAUUUCUGAAGAGAAUGCCAUCACUCUGCUCUCUGCUGCUGUCAAGUAUGAGGCCCGGGACCUGGAGGAGUUCUGCUUCAAGUUUUGUGUCAACCAUCUAACAGCUGUCACGCAGACCCAGGCCUUUGCAGACAUGGAUCAUGACCUGCUCAAGAACUUCAUUAGUAAAGCCAGUCGCUACGGGGCUUUUAAAAACUGACUGCAGCGGCCCCUGUAGUGACGGAUUCAGCACGAUGAGGUUUAAGCUCACAGAGGAGAGCACCCGAGACCAAAGUAAACACCCGGCUGCCCAGCACUUCAAAGACUCGUCUCUGAGGAUGUAAAUACUGGCAGGGCAAACGGGUGAAGGUUUCACUUACUAAAGUGAUGCUUCUGCAUUACCGCUCCAAACCUUAACCCAAGCACAGUGGUUGUGUGGGGUGUGAAAGUUGGUUUACACCACUAGUCUGCAGACAGAGCAGAAGUUGAAGAGAGAGAUGUGCCACAGUGGUUGUCUCUCUGUUGUUUUUGUGUUACUGACAAUAUGCUUGGCUGAUUCUGUGUCGGAUUCGUUUGAUGGAGCCAGCCAGCAUCCAAACGGGUGCAUGGAAUUCCCACACAGUUCAGACAGGAUGCCUGAAAACGCUGAAUGCUUCACAUAAUCUCUUGUAGUAGGAAGAGUCGGUAGGCAGGUUUAGGUAGUUUUUAAAUCACACUGCUAUUUAUCAUCCUGUAGUUCUGUACAUUAUGUCUGAUCAGUAUAGGCGGGAUGUGAUCAGCUACAACAAGUCAGCCAUCAAUCAACCUGUCACAUUGUGCUGCUUUUCUUUAAAGCCUUGAUGCUCAAACUUCCUGGAGUGAGAAGUCAUAUUUACUGAGGAAAAACAAUCAAGAUCUUCUUCUGUUUUAGAAAACUUAUUUUGGCGCUUUUUUUGUGAACAGUUAUCUGAUCAAUGACAAUGUUUAUCUCACGCAAGUCAAUGUUUUGCCACUUUGUUUUAUAAUGUAGUUAUUCAUUAGUUAUUCAUACGCCAUCCAGACUUGUGCUUACUGUUUGGUAUUUUACUAACAUUUGCACUGUUUUGCUGUAGACAGUUGCUUUUGCCACCAUGUCAGCGGACUGAUAGGAAACAGUACAGUGGGCUACACACUGAUGAGAAAUAAGAACGUACGACUGCAUGUAUACUUGUGAUGAGUUUGACCCUCUUUGUGCAGCUGUGAACUAUGUUUGAGUUACACAAACGUGUUGAUUCCUGUGUAUCCUGUCAGCAACGUUACACUGUACAUGCAGCUGAUUUUACAGUUGCAUUUCAUUGUAAUUUGGUAUGUUUACAAAUGUUUGCUUGUUUUAUUGUUUGUUUGUUUUUUAUUGUUAACAUGUUGGCAGCAAACCUCUGGUUGUUUUUACGAGCGUUUCUUUAUACGUCCCCCCCUGGUAUGGAACAGUUCUGGCUCAGUGUAAUUGCCAAGACUCAUAUAGGACCACAAGGUCUUUAAAUGUAGUUAACAGAUUAUUCCAUCUUGAGUUCCUGAAUUAGUCUCACUAGAGUGUGACAUGUUAUUACUUUAACAAGCCAAUUAGAAUGUUUUUGGAACAUUUUGAUAAUGACUAAAAUUGCCAGUGUGUUGUCAUUUUGUAUGAGAAUGAAUGCUGUGAGCUUCAGACAGUGACACUAAUGGUUACAUUUGACAAUGUACUCUAUAUUAAAAUCAAUAACUACAUAA